AUGUCCGAGCACCCAGCCUACACCCUCGCCGCUCUCACCUCUCUCGGAGGCACCAUUGGCUUCAUGCGCACUCGUUCGAGGCCCUCCCUCAUUGCAGGCGUCGGCGUAGGACUCGUUUACGCCCUUGCAGGUCGCCGAAUCCAGACAGGUCAGGACUACGGCUACGAGAUCGCGGCUCUCAACUCUCUCUUGCUUCUUGGUAGCUCAGCGCCUAGAUUCGCCAAGGGUCCUGUGCCCAAGGGUCUGACAGGGCUUGGCCUGGUCGCGCUGGCAUAUUACGGGAAGAAAGUGUACGAUUUCAACCAGUAG